AUGCGUUCCUUUUCCGCCAUCUCCCUCCUCCUCCCCUUCCUCGCUGCUCUAUCGCAGCCAGCUCAAUCCCAAAUAGUCACAGCCUCACCAAACGACCUUGACCUCGAGCAACGAGGCUGCUCAAACCCAUGCGGCUACUACGCACAAUUAUGCUGCACUUCCUCGCAGAGAUGUAUAACAAACAGCCUGGGUCAGGCAGAAUGUUCUAAUAGCGGCGGUAACUCCGGCUCGGGUUCGUGGCAGUACUACACUUCGGUAUCCACGCAAACAGGUCUGUCGACGGUCACUGUAGUCUACAGCAGCUAUGUCACCGCUGCACCCACCGCGACAACUACAUGCGCUAUUUCCCUGGGUGAAUCCACGUGUGGCACAAGCUGCUGCAGUGCCUCCGAGACAUGCAACAAUGGAGUUUGUGUUGCUGGCGUCUCGUCCGAGGAAGUAGCAACCGGCACAGCGACACCAGCUACUCGACCCACGAGUAGCGGCGCAGAGACCGUUACAGCGACUCAAUCCGCAACCACGACCGUAGGCUUCAUUGCCCCUGUCUCAACGAACGGUACCACCGUCAUCACCGGGGCGCCUCACAGCGGCGGUCUCAGCGGUGGCGCCAUCGCUGGAAUUGUCAUCGGUGUCGUCGCCGGAGUCUUCCUGCUGAUCCUGCUCUGUGCCUGUCUCUGCAUCCGUGGUAUCCUUGAUGGCCUACUCGCGCUUCUCGGCCUGCGACCCCGACGACGCCAGGAAACGACCUAUGUCGAGGAACGGAUUUCUCACCAUUCCCAGGGCGGCGGCGAGGCACCACCCCCACGACGGACGUGGUUCGGUACACGACCAUCUCGUCCAGCCCGGACCGACGAUAAUGGUCGAUCUGGUCUGGGCUGGUUGGGAUGGUUCGCCAUCAUCGCUGGAGCGGUUGCGCUGUGUCUUGGGCUCAGGAGACGCAGGAACGAGGAGGAGAAGAGCGAGUAUAGCUAUGGUCCUGGAAGUUCGUAUUAUUACUACAGUGACUAUUACAGUGGCAGCAGCGAACGAUCAGAUGACCGCCAGACUCGACAAACUCGCGACUCGAGGAGAUCUCAAUCCCAACGGGGAUAG